CGUCUGUCUGCAUCGAUCGGGUAGGAGAGAGCUCGGGUGUUUUUUUAGAGUACAAGUCUGAUAAGACAAGACAGAAACGAAGAAGAAGAUGCAGAUCUUCGUUAAGACUUUGACUGGCAAGACCAUAACUCUCGAGGUCGAGAGUAGCGACACCAUCGACAACGUCAAAGCCAAGAUUCAGGACAAGGAAGGCAUCCCUCCUGAUCAGCAAAGAUUGAUUUUUGCUGGUAAACAAUUAGAAGAUGGGCGAACUCUUGCUGAUUACAAUAUCCAGAAGGAGUCGACGCUUCACUUGGUUUUGAGGCUCAGGGGAGGAACUAUGAUCAAGGUGAAGACUCUAACUGGAAAAGAAAUUGAAAUCGACAUUGAACCAAAUGAUACCAUUGAUAGGAUUAAGGAACGGGUUGAGGAGAAAGAGGGAAUUCCUCCAGUGCAGCAAAGGCUUAUUUAUGCUGGCAAGCAGCUUGGAGAUGAUAAGACAGCUCGUGACUACAAUAUUGAGGGUGGCUCUGUGCUUCAUCUUGUUCUUGCUCUGAGGGGUGGUUGUCUUUGAAUUGAACUCAUAACGUUACAAAAAUCUACCUAUCCAAGCUUCUUCCAUACAAGUACAGCAUGGGGUUAUGAGAAUCCACAAUAAAUAUCUUCUUAUAAUUUUUCUAGACACAAGAUUGUUCAAUUAUCUUACACUACCUCCGCUUGCUGCUUUCUUAUGUUUUUUGCAAGGUUAAACCAAUGCCUGCUUUACUUGUUCA